CGGAGGAGGCGGAGGACGCUCCUCAUUAUCCCUCCGCGGGAAGAUAGGUGGCGCGUGUGCUCGGCGAUCUCCCGCCUGUUUAUGUUGCACAAGCCCGGUGACAGGCUGCGGUGGGAGGCGGCACACAAACCGCUCUGACACCGGAUUGUCAGAACCGACGCUCCCCUCCAGUCCACCGCGCUGCUCCAGCACCGGGACUCACCGGGAAACCGGCCAGAUUUUAUUUAUUUUUUAAUCUCAGGGAGGGGGUCCAGGCGUUGCUGCAGUACUUUUUUUCUUCCUCGCCUCCUUCAGCGGGAGGAACCACGGACCUUUCCGGGAGCGAAGGAGCAGCGGAGCCGGAUCGAGGAGCCCAUGCGGACUGGAGUGACUUAUCAAUGAAGCAGGACAUCAUGGCGGAGGGCCCCCGCUGCAAGAGGCGAAAACAGGCCAACCCCCGGAGGAAGAACGUGUUGAACUAUGAGAACGUGGUGGAUACGGGUUCAGAGACAGACGAAGAUGACAGGGUGCUGGUCUCUGAGGACAACAGCCUUGCUAAUGAGGGAAAAGGAGGGGAGGAUGAAGAGGCGGGCAGCCCGGCUGGAGUGCCCACUUUGGAGGCAUCACCCCGGGUCGCCCACGCCCUGCUGUCGUACCGGGACCGGGAGGGCUCCGAGGGCCGGGAGGGACUCCAGAACCACCACCGUGGCUGGCGACUUGGAGACGACACCAGCGGACACCUGAAGGGCAGCGAUGACAGGAAGGCUGAGUAUGAACCUCUCGGUCCUGAGGCAUCUCUGCAUGCUGUGGCCAAUGGUACAGUGACUCGACUGGAUGGCGUCUCUGAGCUGGACGAGUACCUUCUGAAGCCUAAACUGGAGGAGGGCGACGGUAACCCUGCAACCAUCGCAGAGUACCUGCAGCGUAGUGACACUGCCAUCAUUUACCCAGAAGCCCCAGAGGAGGUGACACGACUGGGCAUGCCCGAAGCCAUCGGUCAGGACGAGAGUGAGCACGACCUGCCGCCUGGCACUCCAGAUGACUUUGCCCAGCUGAUCACGUGCCCGUUCUGUGACCGUGGCUACAAACGCCUGACGUCUCUGAAAGAACACAUCAAAUAUCGUCACGAGAAGAACGAGGAGAGCUUCACCUGUCCGCUCUGUGCUGACACCUUCAGCCACCGCACACAGCUGGAGCACCACAUGACUAUGCACAAACCUGCCAGAGACCAGCCGCCACCGAUGAAUGACGGGGCUGGAAACCGCAAGUUCAAAUGUUGUGAGUGUGGAAAAGCCUUCAAAUACAAGCACCACCUGAAGGAGCAUCUUCGUAUUCACAGCGGUGAGAAGCCAUACGAGUGCUCCAACUGUAAGAAGCGGUUCUCUCACUCUGGCUCAUACAGCUCCCACAUCAGCAGCAAGAAAUGCAUCAGCCUGAUUGCCAUCAAUGGAAGGGUACGCAAUGGAAACAACAGUAAACCUGGCUCCUCCCCCAACUCCACAACCUCAUCACCUGGAAGUCCCGCCCUCACCCAGCUUCGUCAAAAACUGGAAAAUGGGCGACUACUUGGUGCCCCAGAUCAGCAUGGUCAGUUUGAUGUCAAAACUGAGCCAAUGGACUUCAACGAGUACCGACUGCUUGUGGCCUCUCAGCACGGGUUUGGUGGACCGGGAGUUUACCUGAAUAGCCGUGGUGGAAGCCCCCUGGGUGUUCACAGCUCCUCCCAGAGCCCCCUUCAACAUCUAGGAGGCAUGGGACUAGACCUCCCCCUGCUGAGCUACACAGGGCCUCUUGGGAAUAACUUGAGUGAGGUGCAGAAAGUGCUUCAAAUCGUGGACAAUACGGUGUGCAGGCAGAAGAUGGACGGGAAUCCAGAGGAGAUCUCCAAACUCAGAGCCUACAUGAAGGAGCUGGAUGCCCAGAUGGAGGAGCAGAAGCUGGCCCAGGCUGGCUUUCAAGUGGUGGGCUACAGCAGCCCCACAAAGAGCAUCAUUGACUUCACGCUGGAGAAGGUCAAUGAGGCCAAAAGUCUGAUUGAUGACUCCAAGAGGCAAGUGGACAUCAAGAAGGAAAAAUCAAACCACUCAGUGGAGCUCAGUGGCCAGGAACAAUCCCACGAUGGCCAAAACCAGUUCCAGCCUUUCUCCUGCCAGUACUGCAAGGAGACUUUCUCUGGUCCCAUCCCACUGCACCAACAUGAGCGCUACAUGUGCAAAAUGAAUGAGGAGAUCAAAGCAGUCCUGCAGCCAUCUGAGACCAGUCUUGCUGGCCAAAGGGGCGUGAUGCCCUCUGAGCAGCCCGGUACUGAACAGUCCACCAGCCCUAUCAACCCUUUCAAGGACCAUAUGUCAAUGCUCAAGACCUAUUUCGCCAUGAACACUGAGCUCAGCUCAGAGGAACUGCUCAAGAUUUCAGCAGCUAUAGGUCUUCCCCAGGAGUUUGUCAAGGAGCGGUUUGCCCAGUGGAAGAGUCAAAACCACCAUGGAGGCAGUCUGAGGAAGAAGUCGCCUCCCACUGAUCACGGCAGACCAGAGGUUAACCGCAGCUUGAACCGAUCACCAAUGUCACUUUCUGCCAUAGAUUUACAUGGAGGCUUCACAAACGGUGAUGCCUCCCACAGGCUCACAAAGGCCAACCAGUUUACAGCCAAUAGACAGACAACAGGGGACAAACCACUAGACCCCUUGGACCACUUGAGGAGCAACACUCCAUCACCCCUCAACCUUUCCUCUACUUCCUCCAAAAACUCUCAGAGUAGCUCUUACACUCCAAACAGCCUAGCCUCUGAGGAUGCCCAUGGGGAUAUACCACUGGAUCUGUCACUGCCCAAACACAUGGUGCAGAAGUUCGUCUCUGUAGGAGAGAAGCGACCCAGACCCAAUGGUUUCAUCAUUGAGCACAACGGAGAGGUGCAAGGACGAGAGCAGGGCCCCUUAGACCUGGUCAACAUCAAGAAGGAGGUCCUGGGCUCUGAGAGUGGAGGGAAUGCCCUCCACCAACUGGAGAAAAGCACCAGUCCUAUCUUUGGGAUUAAUCCCUUUGCUGGAGCUCCUGUCUACACAUCCCUGCCACCACAUGGAGCAUUUCCUCCACCCACUUUCAUGUCUCCUGCUCAGGCCACUAUCCCAGGUCUCAGGCCAUACCCAGGUCUUGACCCCAUGAGCCUCCUGCCCCACAUGGCCUACACCUAUGCCACUGGGGCAGCCACAUUUGCUGAAAUACAGCAGAGGAGAAAGUAUCAACGCAAAUCAGGUUUCCAGGGGGAGCUGCUGGACGGGACGGCAGACUAUCUGUCAGGCCUGGAUGACCUGACAGACAGCGAUUCGCUGCUCUCCAGGAAGAAGAUUAAGAAGACUGAAAGUGGUAUGUACGCGUGUGACUUGUGCGACAAAACAUUCCAGAAGACCAGUUCCCUCCUAAGACACAAAUAUGAGCACACAGGGAAGCGUCCUCACCAGUGUCAGAUUUGUAAGAAGGCCUUCAAACACAAACACCAUCUCAUCGAGCACUCGCGACUGCACUCCGGGGAGAAGCCCUACCAGUGUGACAAGUGCGGCAAACGCUUCUCACACUCGGGCUCCUACUCACAGCACAUGAACCACCGCUACUCCUACUGCAAGAGAGAGGCAGAGGAGCGCGAGGCGGCCGAGAGGGAGGCACAGGACAAGGGAGGAGGUGUAGUGGAAGGUCUGGAGCCCAAUGAGCUGCUGAUGAGGAGGGCCUACCUGCAGGGCCUGGGGCCACUCAGGUACUCAGACCCUGAGGACCAGCAGGAGGGCGCCAGUACGAUCCUGAGGGACAGCAGCGAGCGAGAAGGGGAGGACAGGGAAGUGGACAGCAAGACUUACGAGGAGGUGACAGACAGACAGGAAGCAAGGUUCAUGGAUGGAGAGGAGGAAGAGGAGGAGGACGAAGGUGGGAGCCACAUGGACUUGACAAGUAAUGAGAAGGGCAAAGACACGCACAUAGACAAGAGUUCACGAGAAGGGAAGACAGACGGCAAGUCGGACCAGGAGGACUGACCCUCAAUUUAUUUUCUCCUGUUUUGGGGCUGUACAGAAAGGAUCGGGGCAUGAGGGGGUGUUCAUUUACAUAGCCCCAAUUUACAUGUUGUUUCAGCACUCCCUGUUGGAUUUAUUGUAAAAACGAAAAACUGGUGAGUUUUAACCAACCACAUUCACAUUCAGCUGGUGGCGACUGAGAGCGUCACUUCCAUUUUCAUUUAACUCUGCAUCACAACUGAAAGCAGAACUAUAGUAAAACUAAAUCGUGACCUUAGAUUUAUCAGGUUCUACCUGACAUUUUGUUCAGAAAUAAGUUAUCUUGACAUUUAAGUGUCAAAAUUUGAAAAAUUUGAAAGCUCUUAUCUCCAGCGUCAUGCUCUGACGUUGUACAUGUAAAGCACCAGUCGGGUUGGGUUGCCAUACAUGUAGCUGUACUUGCAUUUUCAAUUUGCACAGCAGGGCUGCCAGGUGUACCAUAGUAAAGAGCUUACUGGUACCAUAUUACCAUGUCUGUGCAACAUUUAUCGUAUUUGUUAACUGAAAAUGGACCAUAACAUCAAACACCAAUAUGCCUAACAACCUCAAAAUAGAUGAUUUUUUGUAUGAUAUAGUUUUAUUAAAAGAGCUGGUUUAGAACCACCAUCAUACCGUAGCCAUGUCAGUAAUGUAUUAUGGAAAACUAACCCUGGAUCAGUGAAGCAAUCCCUUCUUUGCUGACACAGUGGUUCUUAUUUAAAAUGUUCAGUGGUGUUAAUGGUCAAACCAUCAUUCGGUUGAUAUAUCUCUGAGUUUAGUUUGGUUUAUGGUAGAAAUAAUAUUUACCUGUAGCCUGUUUGCCGACACACACACGAUGUCAGGCUGAUAUAUGCAGUCACCUUGGUAACCCCAGGAUGUACUGUGAACCACUACAUUCAGGCCUGGGCUUCUGAGUACAGUAUUCUUUUUGUAUAAUGAGAACAUCAGGUGUGUGAAGCAAUGAGGAGGCUGUGUGACCUUCUUCACAUGAGCACAUGAAACUAUCACAAACUUCAGAUUUCUGUCAUGUUUUCCACACGGUUUUCCAUCAUUCAAGCUAAAUGCAAUAAGUACAGUGGCACCGACUGCAGAAUUAGCUGCAGCAGCCAAGUAUGUCCAUCAAAAUAUCUCAGAUCACAGACAGAACCUGAUAAUUCAGAGAUCACAAAAGGUUUCAGAUAAAAUUCAGCUGUUUAUUCAAAGUGACACGUUAGUAAAAUAAAACACGGGGAGGGGGGUCUUUGCCUUUUUGCCUCCUUGUCCCAAAUAAAUUCCAGAUGGACGUUGUCUAACCAGAGAUUCAGUGUCCACUGACAUGAUGAAGCUAGGUGGGUUCAAUUAAAAAUCCACAUUAUGCAAACAAACAAAAAACAUUAAAAAUAAAAGAAGAAGUAAUAGUGAUUAUCAUUAUAUGAAGUGAAGCUGUUUUUAAUGUACAGUAUUAUAAAGGCCUAAAAGCUGUGUGGUGCUACAAUGUUCUUAACUUCCUGUGUCUUGUGUGUUCGAAACCCCACAUCAGGAAAUUGCACUCGACUCCUUGAAUCACUACAAAAAAAAAAAAAA